AAUCGUGAACAUGGUCUUGAUCUUCAUUCAUCCAUCAACUUGGUCAUCGCACAUGUUUCAUGGUACAUCAUCACUUCAUUGGGACGUGUUGAAACCCCAAGUCACGACCUUGGUCGAAGCUGUGCAACACUGUUGAACGUGCCUUCAGGGACUCGCUGUUCCGAAUCUACAACCCACACUCAACCAUUGGAUGUAGGACAUUGCACGUCCCCAUCCACGAUCCUGGUUGCUUGGCCGACAAUAACCCUGACAGUUCAACGCGACACAGCCUUGUGCAACAUGUCUUCGUCUACCCCAACGCAGCCCGUUGACGAGAACCCUCCCCUUGAGGACGGACAAAGAAGCCCUUCUGACUCUCAGGACGCCGCUGCCAUGUCCAAUUCACAGAGACGCCCUUACGCCGCCAGCAAGACACCAGAGCCUCAUGGAGAUCAGCAGGCAGCGAACUCGGAUCCUCCAGAUACCCCCGGCGUUCUCGACCCCUUUGACUGGGAUGAGUUUGAGGCGCGUUAUGAGAGCGCCUUGCGCGACGCCGACGAGCACGAGGGCGAAAUCUUGAAAGAGGCCGAGGCCCUUUCCAAGUACUUCAAAGUUUGGGCUGCUGCAGCUUCGGCUCAUGAUGAUGAGCGUGCCGCCAAGCGUCUCCAAACGCGAAGACGCUUUGUGAAUCUGUCAGAAGACAGGAUGGAGCGGAAGCAGGAGCAUUAUGAUCAGGUUGUGCGCGCCUUUGAAAAUGCCUUGGCUCUCCUCAAAUCACAGCGUCGCGUCCAUGAAAACAAAGACAUGACCCAACAACGUGAUGUGAGCGCAGAAGCUGAGUAUAGAGUGCCGAGCGUCUCCAAGGAUGACUUGUUUGCCUUCCAUGAGGCACACUUCUCACAAGCUGCCAUCGCUUCUUUUGGGACAACGUUUAUAACCCCCCCAGACCAGGAGCACACUCAAGAUGACACGAGCUACGAUGCGUGGGAAGAGGAAGACGAUGGUUUGGGUUACUAUCCCGAUGGCGUGAAGCGUACUUUGACAGACGAGCAAAUCGAAAUCUUUCGACAUUCUGAGCUUGAAGCUCUCCGCAAGAAGCAAGCAAAGGAGUCCGACACUAAGACAGUUGGAUCCUCGGAUGAGCCGAUGGACUUGAGCGACGACAGUCCUGCACCUACUCAAACUGAAGCAACCUCGUCUGCGUUGCCAACUUCCUUCCAAAGCAAUAAGAAGAAAAAGAAGAAGAAGGGUCCCAAGCGCGGGCGGCCUGAGCCAAAGCCGGAUCUGCGAAAACGCACCUGGGAUGUUGUCGACAAAGGAUUAGAUUCACUUGAUUACGACUGA